AUGAGCCUCAAAUAUCUCAUCACCGGAGCCACUGGCGGCCUCGGCAAAGAAGUCCUCGCCUACUUCGCAGCCAACCGUCCCUCCUCAGAAUACGCGGCCGCCUCGUCGAGGGAAUCGAAUCGAAAACAGUUCGAAGAGCGAGGAAUUGCCUUUCGUCAUGUAGACUACGAUGACCCGCGCACGCUCGACGCAGCCUUCCCGGGCGUCGAGAAUCUCUUCUUCGUCAGUACCAAUGUCUUUGACAAUGAGAGACGCAUCAAGCAGCAUCGGAAUUUCGUGGAGGCUGCCAAGAGAGCGGGCGUCAAACAUGUGUGGUAUACGUCGCUCGCGUUCGGAGGAUUGAAGUCCGAUUCCAAAGCGGCGAUUCAGCAGGCGCAUCUCCAGACGGAAGAUUUACUCAGAGAGUCGGGAAUCACAUUCACCUCCAUCCGCGAGGGAGUCUACGCCGAUGCAUUCCCGCUGUUCCUCAACUGGUAUCCCGACACCACCACCGUGUCCCUCCCCGCCGACGGACGCUGCGCUUUCACUCUGCGAAAAGAGCUCGGGGAAGCAAACGCCCGACUGAUGCUCCAGGGUGGUCACGAGAACGAGAUCGUCCUCCUGGCAGCAGGGGAGACCAUCAGUUUCGCCGAGGCAGUGGACGUGAUCAACGAGACGACAGGGUGGAACGUCCGAUUCCAGAUCGUCUCUCCGGAGGAGUAUGUGCGUUUGAGCGCAGCGAACGACCAGGGAGGCAAGCCCGCCGAGUUCUUCCAGGCGCUGGUGAGCUGGUACGAGAGUGUUGCGCAGGGGGAAAUCAGCCACACUGAUCCAUUGAUGAAGGAGGUGCUGGGCCGGGAGCCAACCACGCCGCGAGAGGCGAUUCGGGGGUUUUUGUUGGAGAAUCGGGAUUAUACCUGGCAUCAGAAUUAUGUGAAG